AUGGUAGCAGCUAAAGGACAAAGUAUGAGCCAUUGGACAGCUGCUGAGCGAGUGUGGAGCGCGGCGGCGACGGUGGCACUGGUGGUGGGCGAGCGAGCGUUAGGAACGAGCGGCACGACGGCGGUGAGCGAGUGUGGAGCGGCAGCGGGUGAAACGAACCAUCGCGGUUUGGUACUUCGCGGAGGUGAGCCUGGAGCACGUGUGCUGGACAACGGGGGCCUCGAGAUCCUCGAAGACAUGAUCGUGGUGGUGGAUGGCCAGACCCGAGCAACCUGGCCAAUCCGCUCAAAGUCAGACGCUAACAUCCUGCCGGAGAGCAUCGACCAGUGUAAGGACUACAGCGCAUUCGCAGUUCUGCUGGGCUCGCUGAACGUGGACCAGCCGGACGGAGGUGAUGGAUCUGAUCUCGGCUCUGGAGUUAGCGCAAGAGACAAGAUGUCGCGCUCCCUCGCCGUGUCCAAGGUCGUCCUGAAUGCUAAGGAGAUCGAGUUCGACGGUUUGGCCAAGGACGGCGCCAUAUCCAUCUACGCCACACGCCAAGCACGCCCGCGGCACGAUCAAGCAGCUAGCACCAUCGCACAGGCGCUUAACGUCACGGGCCCGCUUACCACGGGCAUCCUGCGCGCCUGUAUCGACUACGUGGGCGUUAAGGCGCCGCUGUUCUCGCUCACGCGUCUGCACGGCGCUGGCCCGAGUAUGGGUGUGGAGUUGGGUUCGACCGGUGAGAUGGCCCGCUUCGGCACGGGCAUGCACGAGGCGCAUCUAACGCGCCCGUGUGCCAGCUUCAGGAUGCCCAAGGAUAUGGUGCUGAUCUCGAUCGGCAAUCAGGACAUCAAGCGCGAGUUUGCGGAGGGAGCUCGGAUCCUGCAGGAGCUGGUUUCGAUGUGA